AUUCGGUGAAAAAACUGUAAAAUUGUGGUUAUGAUUAAACAGGCCUGCUUCUGGGAGCUCUGGAAGAAAGAGGUUGAGUGGGCGGAGCUACGCGGCUUUAAGCAAGCGCAUUGGCGCACGGUUUCUAUAGAAGUGGAGAAAGUGUUGAUGCAGGCAUGACUUAUUCUGACACAUUGCUUGUUGAUUGGCCCAGAAGGAGUUUCAGCACAAUUAAACCAAAGUAAAUGUGGAAGACUACGUCAAUCCUUCCAGCGAAAGCCCGGGUCUGCGUCUUAAAAAACAAAAAAAAAAAAAAUCAUCUGGGACAUUCACGUACCAUUUACAUUUCUGAGGAAUUAUAUUUCUGACCCGAAGGUUGUAUAAAUGUUGUAAAUGGCGAGCGACAGCUCUUCGUUCUUAAUACAUAACAUUUUGAAUCGAGGACUUGAUUCUCAGAAAAGCAAUCGACUCCCACGGGAAUACAGCGAGGAACUUGUGCAGGCUGAGCUUCUCGGGAGGGUAGAAGGAAUAAGCUGCCCAGGAUCCACUCAGUAUCGGGGUGGGAAUGAGGAUGAAGACAGAAAGGGGAGCAUCGUGUACGGACACAGCAGGGUCCCUCCAUGUGCGCACGACCUUGACACAUCAUCGGACAGACAAUCCUGUGGAGAGGAGUCUACAGGAGAGGAGACAUUACACACAGAAAGCAGACAAAAUCUCAAUGUGCAAGUUCUAGAUCUGGAGAGAGACAAGAAGGAAAGCUGCGCUUUUGCCGAUCAUCAUCCAAAAGCCAGUAAGAAGCGGUGUCGCGCCGCGUUCUCGCACGCGCAGGUGUGCGAACUGGAGCGCCGCUUCAACCUGCAGCGCUACCUGUCCGGCCCGGAGCGCGCGCACUUGGCCGGAGCGCUCAAACUCACCGAGACCCAGGUGAAGAUCUGGUUCCAGAACCGCAGAUACAAGACGAAACGGCGGCAGAUGGCGGCCGAGCUCGCAGCGACCUCAGCGUCCACGCUGGCCAAGCGAGUCGCGGUGAGAGUGCUUGUGAAAGACGACCAGAGGCAGUACGGAGCGGAGGAUUUUCUCCCGCCUCACUAUUUGCGCCUGUACCAGUCAUACCAGUGCUGCCCUUACAUGUACUGCGUCCAGCCCUGGAUCUCGAACAGCGCGGUUAAUGGAAACAUGUACUGAGCUCCUUCUUCUGCUUCACACUCACAGCAAGCGAGACGGGUUUUUUCUUUUUUUUUUUUUCUUUUUUGGUUUGGUUUUCAUUCUAAAUGUUUUUAGGACACGGAAAAGCGCGUACAUCGGUAAUUUUGUUAGCUAAAUACUCGAUGAGACUCCAAAGAUAUAAUCUUGAACGAUGACUUUUUUAUUUUGUUGUUGAGAAAUGAAAACAACAUUUUAUGUAUUUAACAAAUGCAAGUAAGUGCCUAAACUUCUGUUUGUGACGGCUUGAUCAAAUCGAAUUUUCUAUGCCUUUUGUGAAUGAUUUCUUUCACCUUUGUACACUAAUAAUGUACACUAAUAAUGUACACAAAUCAUGUACACUAAUCAUGUACACUAAUAAUGUACAGUAAUGAUCCGCUGUCAUAUGAAAAGUUUACUCUGCAAACUGUACCUCGACACUGAAAUAACUUGGUGGUGAUCCAUCCAAAUGGGUUUAUUUGUAGUUUGGCAUAGUUAACCAAUAAAUAAACCUAAAGCACAUUCUA